GUACAGUGAUCAGCAAGCACCAGUAAGCGAAUUUCUUUCCCAACGACUGUUUGCUGCUUUAAAAAUGGAAUUCUCUGCUACCGAUUUAGUUUUAAUUUUCCGUACAUUGGUAUUUUUGCUGAUCCCUGUACUAUUUGUGCUCUACAAUACUCACAAGGAUCCGCGAAUUUGGAAGAUGCUGAAUUAUUUUCAGGGACCAGCGACCUACCCUAUCCUUGGCAACGCUUACAAGUUAUUUGGAUUGAGCCCUGUUGAAAUUUUCCAAAGGAUUUGUGAGGACACACGGGAGUAUGGAAGAUUAUUCCGCGUUUGGAUUUUGAGCACGCCGCAAGUGGUAAUUGCCUCUGCAAAAUACGCAGAGAAAAUCCUGCAGGGGAUGCAGCAUCACGUCAAAAGCAAUAACUACAAAAUACUCGACAGUUGGAUGGGACAGGGUCUGCUGACUGCAAAAGAUAAUAUGUGGAAAGUGCACAGAAAAAUUUUGACUCCAGCUUUUCAUUUCAACAUUUUGCACGAAUUUUUGCCGAUUUUCAACAAAAACUCAAAAGUGCUGGCAGAAAAAUUAGCCAAAUUUUCUGACACUGGAGAGGACUUUGAUAUAUUCGACCACGUUUCACUUUGCGCCCUCGACAUCAUAUGUGAAAGCUCAAUGGGCACUUCAAUCAAUGCGCAAACACUGAGUGACUCACCGUACGUCAAAGCAAUCAAAGAACUGAAUACUCUACUGGUGAAAAGAUAUUUCACUCCUCAUUACCGAAUCAACUGGAUAUAUGAAAUGUCCAGCCUAAAAAGGGAAACGGAGCGAUUUGUAAAAAUUGCAAACGAUUUCACAGACAAAGUCAUCAAAGACAGACGACAGUACCUGCUCAAAUUCAAGAAGAAUGGGGUUGAAAAUAAAAAUGAAGAAGAAGGUAAGAGAAAAACCAUGGCAUUCUUGGACUUGCUUUUGGCAGCACAGGAAGACGGCGAGCAAUUCAUGACUGACAAAGACAUCAGAGACCAAGUCAGCACUUUCAUGUUUGAGGGUCAUGACACUGUGACCACGGCUAGCUGCUGGACUCUUUUCAUUUUGGGCACUCACCCUGAAAUUCAAGAAAGGGUGGUCGAGGAAUUGCGUCAUGUUUUUGGUGAUUCGGGCAGAGCGCCAACAAUGAGCGACCUGGCCGAGCUCAAGUACCUUGAGAGGUGCCUAAAAGAAACCUUGCGGUUGUACCCUAGCGUGCCCUUCAUUGAACGACAGCUGAGGGAAGACCAACCUUUCGAUAGUGACAAUGGAAUUAUUGCGCCGGCAGGAGUAACAACUUCUUUCAAUAUUUUUAUGCUUCACCGAGACCCUGAACACUUUCCUGACCCUGAAAAGUUUGACCCUGACCGUUUUUUGCCUGAGAUUUCGCAAAAGCGUCACCCUUAUGCCUAUUUGCCUUUCAGCGCAGGCCCUCGUAACUGCAUUGGACAAAAGUUUGCGAUGAUGGAAGAGAAAAUAGUGGUGUCUUCAGUGUUACGACGAUUCAUUGUAGAGGCGGCCCACAAACCUGAGGAGGCCCAAUUAAAGGUUGGCCUUGUUCUAAAACCGGAGAAUGGACUGAGGAUAAGACUACGCAAAAGAGCGGCACAAGAUGCAAAGCUUCGUAUAUCAGUUAAUUUAUAUCUGGUCAAAAGUUAUAGAUUGAUUGAGGAGUUUGCUAAGUGGUUUCACGCUGCCAACAUGGACGGAACAGUUGCCUGGCUAGUCCCGAUUUUCAGAAAUGUCCUUUUCUUCGUCGUGCCGCUGGUAUAUCUGUCAAUCCAAUGUGCAAAGAAGUUCAAGUUCAUUUCAGCGGUUGAGAAAAUACCGGGGCCAAGGGCAUGGCCCUUGAUAGGAAAUGCUCCGAUUAUGAUGAGACUCAACUUGACAGAGAUGUUUGAUUAUGUUACUCGCGCAGUUUUUAAAGAUUUUGGUCCUCGCAUUCGGUUUUGGCUUGUUGAUAAGCCUCAUGUCGUGAUUACAAAAGCGGCAGAUUGUGAGAAAAUUAUGCAGGGAAUGCAGCAUCACAUGAAAAGUCAAAACUACCACCUUAUGUUUGAUGCUUGGAUGGGAGAAGGUCUCUUAACUUCAAAUGAUGAUAAAUGGAGACUGCAAAGGAAAAUCUUGACGCCGGCUUUUCAUUUCAACAUAUUGCACGAAUUUCUACCAAUUUUGAGUAAAAACAGCAAAAUUCUAAUCCAGCGGCUUGGUGAAAUGCCCGAGGCAAAGUACGGAAAAGAUUUCAAUAUCUUUGAAAGCGUGUCGCUAUGUGCAUUGGACAUAAUUUGUGAAAGUUCGAUGGGCACCGCAAUCAAUGCACAACAAAGCUCUCAAUCACCUUACGUGCAAGCAGUUAAUAGGCUAAACCAUCUUCUAGCAAAAAAAUAUUUCACACCCAUUCAAAGGUUCAAGCUGUACUACAACUUUUCAACGGCCAAGAAAGAAUUGGAAGAGCAGCUGAAAAUUUCCAACGAAUUCACUGACAAAGUCAUAAAUGAAAGGAGACAGUAUCUGAAAUCGCUCGACGAGAAAGGCGAGGGCAAAAAUGGGACGGUGGAAAAAAGAAAACACCUGGCUUUUCUUGACAUGCUCUUGCGAGCCCAGCAGAAAGGCGAAAAGUACAUGACCGACAAAGACCUGAGGGACCAAGUUAGCACUUUCAUGUUCGAAGGUCACGACACAGUCACUACUGGCACCUGUUGGGCCCUUUUCAUGAUGGGUACCCACCCUGAGAUCCAAGAGCAGGUGGUCGAGGAGCUGGACCAAGUUUUCGGCGACUCAGGACGCGAACCGACCAUGAGCGACUUGGCCGAGUUAAAGCUGCUCGAAAGGUGCAUCAAGGAAUCCCUGAGGCUCUACCCGAGUGUGCCCUUUUAUGAACGACACAUCCGUGAAGACGCGAUAAUGGAUGAUGGAACUGUCAUUCCUGCUGGUUGCAGUGUCGGUUUCUCCGUCUACCGCAUUCAUAGAGACCCUGAGCAGUUCCCAGACCCUGAAACUUUCAACCCUGACAGAUUCCUGCCAGAAAACUCCUUGGGGCGCCACCCCUAUGCCUACCUCCCGUUCAGUGCUGGACCGAGAAACUGUAUAGGACAAAAAUUUGCUUUGAUGGAGGAAAAGGUAGUGAUUUCGACUGUUUUACGUAAAUUCAGGGUUGAGGCUGCUCACAAACCUGAAGAUGCAGAGCUGCAGAUGGCUCUGGUUCUGAGACCCAAAAAUGGACUAAGAAUAAGGAUUUUUGAAAGGUCGUCACACCCUAAACUGGCAGGCAAAAUGGAAUUGACGUCUGCAGCGUCCUGGUUGUGGCCCCUGAUCAGAAAUGUUCUGCUCUUCGUCGUACCUGCCGCCUACUUGUGGCGCAAAUCCGUCAAAAGGCUGAAGUUUAGCGCCAUCGUGGACAAAAUUCCUGGCCCAAGAGCAUGGCCUUUCAUAGGAAAUGCGCCCCUAAUGCUUGGUCACGACUUAACAGAAUUUUUCCAAUAUGUGUGUACAAAUGUGGUGGAGGAGUAUGGACGGUUGGUACGUUUUUGGGUCGUCAACAAGCCACAAGUAAUUAUCACCAAGGCGAGCGAUGCAGAGAAAAUUCUGCAGGGAAUGCAGCAUCACGUUAAAAGUGAAAACUAUCGCAUUUUACACGGUUGGAUGGGCGAUGGACUACUAACUUCAAAAGAUGAAAAGUGGCGGGCGCACAGGAAAAUUUUGACACCAGCAUUCCACUUCAACAUUCUGCAUGAGUUUCUUCCGAUUUUAAACAAAAACAGCAAAAUUAUGGUUGAAAAACUGAGCCAAAGUUCUGAAUUUAAAACGGGAAAAGAUUUUAACAUUUUUGACAGCGUCUCUCUUUGCGCUCUGGACAUUAUUUGCGAAAGUUCAAUGGGUACAGUGAUAAAUGCACAGAGUCACUCCAAUUCACCUUACGUUCAAGCGGUAAACAGGCUCAACACGCUAUUAACCGCUCGUUAUUUUUCGCCCUUUUUGCGGUUUGACUGGAUAUUCAAGUUUUCCAGCAUGAAAAGAGAUAUCGAUCAGCAAUUGAAAAUAUCUGAUGAUUUUACAGACAGGGUUAUUCUUGAGAGAAAGAAGUACCUUAAUUCGCUCAAAAGUGACGAUGCUAGAAUCGAAAAGGGGGACAAGAAGAAAAAUCUUGCUUUUCUUGACAUGUUGCUGAAGGCACAGGACGAAGGUGGACAAUUCUUGACUCACAAAGACUUGCAAGACCAAGUCAGCACAUUCAUGUUCGAGGGUCACGACACGGUGACAACUGCCACCUCCUGGGCCUUAUUCAUGAUGGGCACACACCCUGAUAUCCAGGAAAAAGUGAUCGAAGAGUUGGACCGUGUUUUCGGUGUCUCAGGGCGGGCACCGACGAUGAACGACCUGACAGAGCUGAAGCUGCUCGAAAGGUGCAUCAAAGAGUCCCUCAGACUUUACCCAAGCGUGCCCUUUUUUGAAAGGUGCAUCCGCGAAGAUGCAAUCCUCCAUGAUGGAACAAUAAUUCCUGCCGGGUGCGACGUCUCUUUCAUUGCAUAUAGGAUUCAUCGAGACCCGGAGUACUUCCCUGACCCGGAAAAGUUUGACCCUGAUAGAUUUUUGCCUGAAAACUCCCAAGGCAGACAUCCAUACGCCUAUCUACCAUUCAGUGCAGGCCCACGGAACUGCAUUGGGCAAAAAUUUGCUCUGAUGGAAGAAAAGGUUGUGAUUUCAACUGUUCUCCGCAAAUUCAGGGUUGAAGCUGCUCACUCGCCAGAAGAAGCAGAACUUCAGGUCUCAAUAGUUCUCAAACCAAAGAACGGGUUACGCGUGAGAUUACUUGAGAGGUCAUCCCAUCCCAAUCUUCAUGUGCAGAAAAGCUGAUUAAUUGAUUUCGCACAGCUUAUUUUUAAAUAAAAAAGGGCAUUCCAAAUUGCAGAUAUUCUGCAUCUAUAAGUGACCGAGUGAAUAAUUAAAGCUCCUAGUUAGUACUUUCCCGACUUGGAUAGCACACUUGGUUUACACACAUUAAAAGUAACGGAAGGCGCUCUCGCCACCCUUAAAUGACUAUUGAAUGUUUGCUUUAAAAUGAAUUGGUCUCAUAAAAACUAUUUUAGAUAUAUUGAAUUUGCCAUGUAUUGCGUAUUAUUAUUGUUUUAAUUUAGUAUUAGGGUCUUAAAUUUAGUAAACUAAGUAAAUUUUAAUGAAAGAUUGUAUUUUCUUAUAAAUUGGGAUUCAUUUUAAGUAAUAAAAUUGAUUAUGUGAAAUAGUUAAA